GCCAUGUCUGGGCUAUUCCCCGUCUUUCUUAUGCUGGCCGUAACACUAGGGCUGAUGGCAGCCUCAUUUGUAUUCACUAGAAAGGGUCCCAACCAAGUUCUUAUCCGCACGAGCUUGAUGCUUACAUUCGCUGUUUGCUACUUGACCUGGGCGAUCACGUAUAUGGCCCAGCUUAACCCUAUCAUUGCGCCUAUCGUGAGGGAAGUACACGAAUGAGGCAACGAGGGGCGUUGAGGACUUUCACUUGCUAGUUUCACCCCUAUUUAUACCAGCUUGCUUUGUAUUUUACUCUUAAUAUCACGGACAUCACUCUCGAACCAGAACAUUCGUGUAAUAUGGAGAUCCCAACACUGCUCAAUCGUCAAGCAAGGGUAUUCAUAAUUAUUCCGUAUCGCUAUCGUCGGCAUCCCCAUCCCAGCCAGCUGUCGAAGUAUUGCCGUCGCGUUCCGUUUUCUUCCCCGCGGCUGUAGCAGUUGACGAAUUACCCGGUCGUUUAUAGCGUUUCUCGUCUUCAGAGCUGUCCACCCAAGCCUGACUGCUACCCCAACCUCUCGACCAAGCAUCAUCCGAAUCCUGUUCGUCUGAAUUCUUC